AUGGCAUUGGUUACGAGAAGCACCGAAAACACCCAAAUCAGUUGCGCAAUCAAGGCAAGUAAUGAACUUGUAAAAAAUUUACACCGCGAUGGAUUAGAUCAUGAAGCAUCACUUUAUCGUUCUCUUACCGGUUUAAAGAACUAUGUUAGUGGUUCCACUCGUCUUUAUGAUAGUAUUGUUGAUAUCAUAAAAACCUUUCAUAGUAAUGGCGACCGUACUCGUCCUUGGAUUUUGGUCGUUGUAACUGAUGGUGAUGACACUGGCAGUAAUCUCAGUUUACUUAAAUCUGCUAGUGAAAUAUCACGAUUAUUUACUAAAGAUUCUAGUAACUUUUUGUUUGUUGUCGGUGUCGGUGAUGAUGUGGAUUCAACCAAGAUGGAACAGGCAUAG